AUGGCUUCUGUUGGGAAAAUACAAGAGUUCGACUUCAUCGUCGUUGGAGGUGGGACUGCCGGCAACGUCGUUGCUGGACGACUUGCAGAAAACCCAAAUGUCUCUAUUUUGGUGAUCGAAGCCGGCAUUGGAAACCCAAGAGAGCAAUCCAUGAUAACAACUCCGGCGCGUGCCUUCGAGACUCGCGAUAGCGAGUAUGACUGGGCUUACAAGACUACCUUGAACGACACUGAGAAAAUUGACAGACCCGACUACACUCGAGUCGAGAAGCCAAAUACUAGAGGCAAAGUGCUUGGUGGAAGUUCUUGUCUGAACUACUACACCUGGGUUCGAGGCAGCGCAGCCACGUUUGACGACUGGGCCGAAUUCGGCGGCAAAGAGUGGAAUUGGGAGAACACCAAGGAGUACUUCGACAAGCCUGCAUGCUACCACGACGACGACGGACUCUUCGACGCCAGUCUCUCCAAAGUCGGGCGUAGUGGCCCGCUUCACGUCUCUCAUUCCGAUCUUGUCCCAGAAGUCAAACCGUUCCGUGAUGCUCUAACUAAGGCUUGGGUUAGCAAGGGCGAGAAGAUCAAUGAGGAUAUUUACUCGGGGAGAGUGAGUGGGCUUACUCAUUGCAUGAAUAGUAUUUAUAAGGGGUUUCGUUCCUCGAGCUACGUUUUCGUGGAGGGCAAGCCGAACAUCACGAUCCUUGCCGAAACCCAUUCGAAGAACAUCAUCAUUAAAGACGGCGUCGCUACUGGUGUCACAGUCUUUGGGAAUAACGGGGAAGACGUUUCCUUCCGUGCUAAGAAGGAAGUCAUCGUUUCUUCUGGCGUUUUCGAGUCACCAAAGCUGCUGAUGCUGUCGGGAAUUGGACCAGAGAAAGAGCUGGCAGCUCACGGAAUCAAGCCAGUCGUGAAAUCCGAACAUGUUGGACAAAAUCUCCUCGAUCAUCCUAUCUUGGCUCAUGUUUUCAGACUCAAGGAUGGUUUGGGACUCGAGGACCAUCUUCUUCGUGCAGGUCCACAGCAUGAUGGAGCGAUUGCGGCCUACCGGAGGAACAAGAGCGGACCUCUCAGUAGUGGUCUUCUUGAGCUGGUUGGAUUCCCUCGUAUCGACAAGUACUUGGCGGAGAGCAAGGAAUAUGUUGCGUAUAAGAAGGCGAAUGGAGAUGUGGAUCCAUUUGGUCCUGGAGGACAGCCUCAUUUUGAGAUUGACUUCGUGCCCAUGUUCUCAGAUGCAUUCCAAUGGCAUAUUCCCACACCCCCAGAAGGUUCCUGGGUGACAGUCAUUGUUGACCUACUCCGACCACUGUCCCGCACGGGAUCAGUGAAGCUCAACUCGGCGGAUGCUCUUGUCCAGCCUAACGUCAACUUGAAUUUCUUUGCUAACGACCUCGAUAUCAUUGCUCUGAGACAAGGUGUUCGCUUCGUAGAUGAUAUUCUUCAAACCGGUGAAGGAUUCAAGGACAUCAUUGGUGAAGACUACCCUUGGCCAAUGCCGAGAAACUCGGAUGAAGCUAUGAACAAGAUGAUUCUGGAGAGAUCGCAGACUGGGUUCCAUCCAUGUGGAACGACUCGUUUGUCGAAGGAUAUCGAGCAAGGUGUGGUUGACAGCCAGUUGAAGGUCCAUGGUGUUAAGAAUCUCCGCGUUGUUGAUGCUUCCGUCUUUCCAGUGAUUCCUGAUUGCCGAAUCCAGAAUGCUGUGUAUAUGGUGGCUGAAAAGGGGGCUGACAUGAUUAAGGCUGAGUACCCGGAUCUUUAUUCUUGA